ACCACCCCACGAGCCCGCCCCCUAUGCUAAUACCGCCUCUCCCACAAGGCCGCGCGCCGGCGUCGACGCGGCCGGCUCCAGAGCCCUUUGUGAGGGCUGCGAGGGGCGUCGGGCGGCGGCACUAUGAGCGGCUCGGCCGGGACGGCGCCGUCCGCCAACUCCGCGCCACCCGCGCAGGAGGAUAGCGUAACGUGGUGGUACCGCUGGCUGUGUCGCAUGUCAGGGGUGCUGGGGGCCGUUUCCUGUGCGAUCUCUGGCCUCAUCAGCUGCAUCACUAUCCACCCUUUGAACAUCGCAGCUGGCGUGUGGAUGAUCAUGAACGCCUUCAUCCUGUUGGUGUGUGAGGCGCCCUUCUGCUGCCAGUUCGUGGAGUUUGCAAACACGGUGGCGGAGAAGGCGGACCGGCUGCACUCCUGGCAGAAGGCUGUCUUCUACUGCGGGAUGGCCAUCAUGCCUGUUAUCAUCAGCCUCACCCUGACCACGCUGCUGGGCAACACCAUCGCCUUUGCCACAGGGGUGCUGUAUGGACUCUCUGCUCUGGGCAAAAAGGGUGACGCAAUCUCCUAUGCCAGGAUCAAGCAGCAGAGGCAGCAGGCGGAUGAGAAGAACUUGGAGGGGGAGCUGUGAAUGUGGGUCGGAAAGGCCUCCCCCCUGCCCGCAGCCCUGUUCUGUUUGAGCCGUCCAGGUGAAGCCUGGACUGUCGGCCCCUCUGCCCUAUCCCCACAUCUGGAGUCCUCUGCCUGCCUUUUCUCCCCUCUGCUGCUGCUGGGCCCGGGCUGCAGGACUGGAGCAGAACUGAACAGACUGUGGCAGCUCUGCGUGGGCACCCACAUGGCCCCACUCCUCUGCUGGGUGGCUCUGCAGACUAGACACCAUUGGAAGGCCACUAGUGGUCUGCCUAGGCCUGGAGCAGACCACAUCUAACUGGGCCCCUGGCUCUGGGUUCUUUUGGCUGGGCACUGAGCAGAGGGAGCCACCCCCAACUGUUCUAGCAGGUAGUGGCCCUAGGGCCCGGGAUGGCAGGGCAGUGCCCUGACGCUGUCCACUACUGCCUGCAGCCUCCCAUCGCCACCUGAGGCACAGCCUCCACUGCCACUCCAUCCUCGGUAGGAGCCCACAGUGCUCCCAGGAUGCACCUCUGUACUCUGAACAGCAGCCUCGGCAGUGAGAGCUGGGUGGGAAUGUUUCCUGCCGGUUCCGUGGAACCUUGGACUCAUGGCAUCCCUACGUACCCCACAGCCCUACAUCCCUGGGCCUGGCUUGAGCCCCUGGGCUCUGCCUCCUCCAGGCCUUGGUGCUAAGGAAGUGGGGAGAGCAGGCCUUCCCUGGCGACUACGAGGGGGCCCAGCACUCAGGCGUGGCCCAAGCCUCCACCUCAGGUACUCUUACAACCUGCCCCGAAACCCUUCCCACAGGGAACUUCUGCCGUCUCAGAGCCAGGCAGAGGCCAGAGUCACCCCCACCCUAAAGAGCUAUCCCCUGCUGCCCUUCGUGCCAGGCCACCAGAAGUAAGGCCUGUGCGGGGAGAGGUGAUGCCUGGGAAAUGGGUUCCCAUCCUCCCCCCGCCCUGUGGCCUCAGCCUGUGGUCUCUCCACUGGCCGGGCUGGCCCCGGUGUCUGGCUGAGCCCUGCAGGGCUGGGUGGAGAGCCCCCAGCCUUCCCUCCUCCCUGGGCCCCCAUAUCCUGCAGCUCAGGGGCUGGGUCUUACUGAGGAGGUACUAGUCCCACACUGCCGUGGCUGUCUCCCAGGACCUGACGUGUUUGAGGUCAGGGCUUGGGAGAGGGGCUCUUGGGCUCUGUUCAUUACUGCCCUGCGGACUCCUCAGUGGGCCCCAGGGUCACCAGCAGCCCUGUAGGGAGUCUGACCAGGCAAGCCCCAGGGUGACAGGGGUGUUAACAGUAUGGCCGGCUUCGUGGGACAUGUGCCUUCAGGGUUCCUUGGCCAGUGCCGUGCUCAAAGGGCUGUGUGUGUGUGUGUGUACAUGAGUGUGUAUGUGUGUGUGUGUGUGUACAUGCCUGCCUGCCUUCUCUCGUGUGCAGUGAUAAGACCCGUCUACCUCCCAGGUGGGGCAAGGCCCUGCCUGCCUCUCUGCUCACUCUCACCCAAGUAGUGGGACUCUGGGUCCCUCUGGCCCCUGUGGAGGGAGCAUCACUGGUGGUGGCAGCAGGAGGAGUUGGCUGUGUGUCAGGAGGGCCGCACCUGUGCCUAGUGGGAAACUGGGUGGGUGCUGGGCAGGCCAUCUGUAGGGUUGGGUGCAGAGUUGGGUGGGCCCUUUGUCACAGGCUGGAGGGGGUAGGUCACUUGCCCUUUGUUCCCAGUGAGUGGAGCUGUGGAGUCCUAGAGCUAGUGCUCCGUCUCACUGUGGAGCGCUAUCUGGAGACCCUGCCUUGCCAGGUGUGUCUCCAUGUGGCCAUCUGGACUGUGCUGUGAUGCCCCAGUCUUCUCCUGUGGACUCCUUGCUGUCCGGCGUGCACUUGAGCAAUAAAGGCUGGAGUUGGCGAGCUUGC